GCGAUUACAGCUGCAGAGACAAUAACGGCGUCGGGAGCGCAGAUGAUUGGAGGUGCUGAAAAGCUCCUGUAGGGUAAACAGGAGAAGCAGGAGGUGAGGAGAGAGGAACGUUGAGGAGGAACAGGGUGAGGAACAGGAUCUCCUCACAGAGGUUCAGAUCUUUCUGUAAACAUCACACGUUCUUCUGGAGCUGCAGACUGAACCCUGAUUAAAAUGGAACAGCACGAUUCGUUCAACAGCCACACCAACCACUGCAGCUCCACCGGAGCCAUGGAGACCUCGCUCGCUGGCAUGAGCAUCAACGACCGGCACCACGCCGAGCAGCUGGAGAACGGAGUCGGGCCCAUGAAAGAGGAGGAGAUGGAUGCUGCAGAAGCUCAUGAAGAAUCUCGUCCAGCCUCGGUUCCUGGUGAUUCAGACGGGCGUGACGGAGGAUCUGCAGCACUAACAGCUCAGACCAAGACCGAGAAUGACACUGAGAAAAGGACUCCGGGGAGUACCAGGCCUUACGCCGCCGGCACUAAGAUUCCAGCGAUGGCGCCUCCUCAGUCGGUGAAAGUGGAUCCGAAGAAACCGGUGAAGAACGGAAAAGACUCUCCUAAGACCCCAGAGGCCAGUGGGCACAGCAGCCCUGGCACCCCCAUGUCCCCUGCCAGCAAGUCCCUGGGUGGAGCAUCCCCAGCAGGGAAGGAGAUGAAGAAAGUGGCCGUGAUCCGCUCCACCCCCAAAUCUCCGGGUUCCCUGAAGAACCGCUCUCCUGCCCCUUUGGUUGCUGCCCCCAUGCCCGACCUGAAGAAUGUGAGGUCGAAAAUCUGCUCCACCGAUAACCUCAAACACCAGCCUGGAGGAGGACGGGUCCAGAUUCUGGAUAAGAAGGUGGACUUCAGCACCGUUCAGGCUAGAUGUGGUUCUAAAGACAACUUAAAGCACAUUCCUGGAGGAGGCAAGGUCCAAGUUCUCGAUCAGAAGCUGGACUUUAGUGAUGUUCAGUCCAAGUGCGACUCCAAAGGCAAUAUCAAACAUGUACCCGGAGGUGGCAAAAUCCAGAUUGUUCACAAGAAACUGGACCUGAGCAACGUGCAGUCGAAAUGUGGUUCAAAAGUUAAUAUCCACCACAGGCCAGGUGGAGGAAACGUGGAGAUCAGGUCUGAGAAGCUGGAUUUCAAGGCCCAGUCAAAGGUCGGAUCUAUGGACAAUAUCGGACACUUGGCUGGAGGUGGCCAGAGGAAGAUUGAAUCGCACAAGCUGACGUUCCGUGAGCAGGCGAAGGCUCGGACCGACCACGGUGCCGAGAUCAUCUCUCUGGAAGAUUCUCCUCACCACCUCAGCACCGUCUCUUCCUCUGGCAGCAUCAACAUGGCCGACCCUCCACAGCUCUCCACCCUGGCGGACGAGGUCAGCGCCUCACUGGCCAAGCAGGGUUUGUGAUCUACUACUGUCCUCCAUCCUAACCACGCCCGUUAUAGUCACUCACGGACAUCUGAGAGUCUUUAUCUUCACCACUGCAUCGCUGAAGUGGAUCCCGAAGCGAGGAGCUUUGGCUGUUUAGAUUUAUAACAGGCCUGUCAGCGUCCUGAGCGUCACCCUCCCACCGCUGCAGAAAUGUGUUUUACCUGUAGGUGAAAGAUCUCAUCCCACACUCCCACCACAUGUUUUCUAAAAAACUGUGCUAAAUAUUUGUAUUAUGAUCGUCCCUUUGAAUAGUCACUCCAAACCUUUUAUUUGUUUCAUGUCUGAGCUUGAGAAAUUCAAAACACAGUGCAAAGCAAAAGGAAAAACAAGAAGAAUUAUUCUGUGUAUUGUUCUUGGUGAGAAUUGAAUUUGGAAUUAUAACCUAAAAGGGAAAAUGAGGAUAAAAAUUCAAGACAGCUUCUCACUCUAAAUCCUCACAGAUUAAAAAUAAUAAACUAUUUAAAUGACAUUAUUUAAACUUAUUUUUCAGUGAAAACAAAUCAUUAAUAAAUAUUAAACUAUUUGGGGGUUUUAAUGCGUAUUUAGCAAAAUGACUAAAUGUAGUAUAAACGUGAUUGUGUAUAAAUGUGAUGUGAGACUCUGCACAUUUGUUUGAUAUAAAAAUAAGCAAUGUUAACGUAAAUACAGCCUGUAAUCUUACAAAAUAUUAAUACUAUAAUUAAUCAGAAUUUCCAUUUUGUUUUGAGUAAAAUAAAAAUAUUUGCAUUGUUGAAAAUGUGGCUUUAUUUUCCACUGAGGUAGCUAACGAAGGCUAAUAGUUAGCAUUAGCUAAACUAAUGUAGGUUUUCCAAAACGAACCAAAAUUAUGACGUCACAAGAUUACACUAGUUUGAAUAAUGUAAUUUAAAGAUCUUAUUAUUGUAAAUCUAGUUUUACUGACUGACUGUUAAACCUGUGAGGAUUUUAGUGGAAAUUCAUUCUGUAUGUUUAUGCUAAAAAUGCAAUUAGUCUAUAAAGGUGUGAAAUCAGAUUCAUUCCUGAAUAAAAGUGUAAAUGUUAAAAACGUACACACUGAGUACAGAAUGAAAUGAGACAGGGUAUUAGGGAGAAAGAAAAAAGGCAUGUAAAAUCCUUCUAACCUUUCUACGAGACAGUUUGCCGUUGCAUUAAGCGCUGAGGUAUUUUAAACACAGCUCGGAAUUCUGUGAAAUAUUUUAUAGAUCAUGUUGGCAUGUGAUUUGGCGAAGCUUCAUGUGGAAUGCAUGGUGUUUGUCAGACACUUUUCCGUACAGUAUUUACUCUGUGGAUAUGAGAUGUAUUUGAUACUGAACAUUAGUGUUGUGCCUGCUGCUGGCGGUCUUAAGUUAUUUAUGUCUGUGCUUCACUGUAGAUGUUUUUAUCCCCCAAUUAACUCAUUAACUGAUUAACACUAUGUACUCACGCUUUAUUCCUCAGCAUGAAAGGGAGGUCAGGGAUUUUGGUCAGUUUUCUUUAAUAUUCAACAAAGUUCUCAAAACAACAAAUGGUGUUCAUAGCUAAUCUCACAUUUCUGCUCCUACUCGUCAUCUUUCUCUCUUUUUCUGUAUUUUUAUUUUCCCUUUUGGUUUUGGUAAGCAUCUUUCUUUUCUACAUUUUUGGCAUUUAGCAUUUUUCUAUGUUUAAAGUUGGAUCGUUUUUAAACCUAUUGAUGGAGGCUGGAGCACAAAGACCAGCAGAGAGAAGAACAAAAUAAAGGGAAUUUGUGUUAUGAGGUUAUGGAUGUUAAACCUUUUUCACACAGCGUCCGAUUUGAUGAGCUGUGAUCCGGUACUGAAUCCCCUGCUGUCUGUUUUUUUGUUUUACGGGUUAAAAUAAUUCACACAACUGUGUUUGCUAUAUAAACCACGGACACAGGUGUGUUUGUUCCAUUUUUGUGCAUCUUUAAUGCUUGUUGUUCUGUAAAACGUGGUCACUGAACCAUCGAACUGUUCAAUCACACACCGAUUGUCCUCGUCCUACACUCACCUGCAGCGUAGCCUCUGUAAAUGUACUGGAUCUUUAAACCCCAUCGAGCUGCAUGGAAGCUGCAUUGUAAACUCAACCGUUUCUUCGGUGUCUUCGACAUAGUCAUGGGACUGUACACACCCUGAAAUGACAAAGUUUUCUCAGCUCUAGAUCCUACAGUGUCGACACAAACCAUCCACUGAGCUUUACACCAUCUAUCUAUCUACGCUCCUUGCAUGUUAGUGCAUCACCUCCAGUUCUUUUAGUCAUAAAUUCCAUCAUUUGGAUUGUGCUUUCAGGUCAGUAUGAUAGUCGAAGGGAUUACAAAGCUGCCCCCCAUUAUCAGUGGCGAAGGAGGAGCUGUAUGGAUAGUGUUAGCUAUAAAAUCUGUGUAUUAAUUGUUUAUGCUUCAUCUUGAUUUGCCAGGAAAUACGAGAGCGGUAAAAAGUAGCAGAGCAGCACCGAGAUGAAUCUGCAUGCUAAGUAGUUUAAAUUUUUAAAAAUUUAUUUCUUGGUCAGCGACGUGUUUCGAAAUGUGUUUGGAUGGGGUUUGUGUAUUGUACGUGGUAUGUGGGCUAUUGGAACUUUUGCCUUGGGUGGAAGAACUCGAGUUCAGUGUUUGUGGGUGGGUCAAGAGGUUCUCGUUAUUUAGACGUGACCUUCAGGUCUGGUUCCAUGCCAGAGAAGGUGGGUCUGCCAUCCUGCUGUCACCGACACCGUUCACUUCGUCCUGCGCUUGUACAUUUUAGCUUUGGGAAUCGUGAUUGUUAAAACUGUUCUUGUGUGUUUUAUUAAUAACUGAUUCUUGUUCAUGUAUGUGAAUUUGGAAAUAAAGCAUAUAAAGCAAAA